AUGGGUACUGAGCACGUGCAGCUCUCCACAGCAAGAAGAGGGAGGCGGAUUUCGGUUGUCCCAGCAGGCCCGACUGCCGAGUCCCGCAGGACCUUUGUGGUCCCAGUGCUGCACGCGGGCCUCCAUCACGAGCCUGAACUUGACUUUCAGGAAACUCGGGGCUCCUCCGCUCCUUCGCUGCUCAGUGGUUGUUGGACAGCAGCGGAGCUGGACGGGUUCGCUGCUGGUCUGAGUCCAACCUUGCUGAUUUCCACCACAAAAACUGUCCCGACUCCUCCGGCAGGUCACACAGUCGCAGAAGCUUCGUCGUCGCCGUCGUCGCUCGGCUCAGCCUCUUCACCAACACUCCAGACUCUGAUGGGAUCCGGUGCAGGAGACAUGUCGGAAAAUGAGAACCACAUCCGCCCUGUUUUUCAGGUCAGCGCCGUGCUGCGAGUCUCCCGCCUGCCUCUGAUCCGCUCCACGUUACAGUCGGUGACAUCAGCAUACUCGGAGGUCAAAGGUCGUUACCCUUUGCUGGGUCUGAUGGGAGGGGCGGCCGAGGUUGGCGUUCGCAGCAUCUCCCACGUCGCCAUGCGACGGGCCACGCCCCUCCUCGAGAGUCUGGAACCGCAGAUUGAAGUUGCCAACAGUUUUGCUCUCGUUGGUCUCGACCGUCUGGAGAGAAACUUCCCCAUUCUGAACCAAUCAGCAGACGAGGUGAUGGUUCACCUACGGGACGCCGUCCUCCUGACCCUGGAUGACGUGCAGCUGUGGGUGGUGGACGGUUUGGACGGAGCUCUGGAUCAGCUGGAGCGUCUGUCCGAUGCCGUUCGAGCGGCCGUCCGGCUGCUGCAGGACACUCAGGUGGGCCGAGCUGCGACGUCAGGAUUGGAUGAUGUACUGAGCCGUCUGGAGGACGCCACCGCCUACUACUUGCCCCUCCCACCCACGCUGCGUUUGGAGUGGGAGAUGAGGGUCCUGGAGUACGAGGAUGAUGAUGGCGACGAUGACGAGCCCGGUCUGUGGACGAGGGUUCGCAGCCUCCUGUUGAAUCUCAGCCUGCAGCUUCAUCAUCGGAUGAUGAAGAUCAGAGAGCAGCUGCAGAAGGUCGUCAGGACGCUGGGAGACACCGCCAGUGCGGUGGGUCUCGGUCAAGUUCUGGAGCUGCUGGGUGAGCUGCUGCAGUACCUGCAGAACUUCUUGGUGGCAGUGGUGUACCGGGCAGAGAACCUCAGAGAGCUGACCCUGAACAGGCUCAGAGAUCAGGCCUUCAUGUUAGCUGAGCUGCGUCCUGUACGUCAGAUCAGAGAGCUGCCGGUUCAGGUCCAGCAGCUGCUCAGAGACCUGCAGGAACUCUCCAAGAUCCUCCUGCAGCUGGUGAUCAACGCCACACCGCUCUACAACAUGCUGCAGCGACCGACUGAUCAGGAGGUCGAGGACUUCCUGAACCAGGAGGUCUUCGUGUCUGACAGUUCAUCACGUCGGAGCUCAGCUAACUCCCUCUUUCUGAAGGCAAUGGACGGCCGUCCUCACCGCCGUCGGAGCCUCCACUCCCGGGCUGCCCGAGGCUCCGGCGGGCCACAGAGCCCCGACUCCCCCAGUGGCCGUCGUUCCAGUCUGAAGGACCCCCUGGCCCCAGAAAUGGAGAGCCCGACCCCCCCUUCCGACAGUGUCAUUGUCCACCGCCGCCCGUCCGCCGCCGAGCUGCUCCUCACUCCACUCAAACAGUUUGUCUCUCAGAGCCAGAAGGCCUUCGAGUACCUGAGCCCCAACUCCGCCGCUGACGACACGGCUACGGCCGACUCUUAAACCGCAUGCGAAGGUGUGGCCUCGCCUUCACCCGCCACCAUCCACUGCUGCCAGUCCCAACCCCGACCAAUCACAGCCCCUGAUCCCAGACCCUGAUGAUGACACGUCUCUGCCCCCACUGGUGUUAGUUUGUAGUUCGCCAACAGAGCGAUUGGAAAACUAGUUUAAUCUGAGGGAAAGGAGUUCACUCACAAAGAUUCCAUUCAGUUCUCACAAAAACAAAACAAACAUCACAUUCAGCGUUUCAGGCUUUCAUCAGUUCACACCCCUCAAGGAGAAACACCUUUCAGCCCCACCUCAUGGCCUUCAUCCACGACUGUUCGCCCCGUCAUCAAAAAGCCACUGAUGAAGACCAGGACGUGUGGCAGAAAGCCCCGCAUUUAGGAGCAUCAUUAUUACUUUCUGCGCGUUAUUUUACCCCUCAAGGCCACCGUACGGCUGCAGAGUGAUGAAGGACUGUGGUUGUUGAGGGAUGUGAUGAAGGUGUACCAGAGAGAUUUUAACUUACCUGAAAAUGACAGAGUGGACCUUUAAAUGUGUUUGAAAGAUCUGAACCCACUGCAGUAUUCCCAGUUUACCUGAAGUGAAAAUGACUGAGCUCACUGAUCAUCAGAUUUCUAACAAAU